AUGCAAUGGAUUCAGCCAUCCAGCAUCCUGGUGGCUUACGGCAUCGCUAUUCUAGCAUGCCAUGGCCGCCAGUUUGAUCCUCUUUCCUAUGCUCCAAACGAGGUGAUUGACGUGGACGUGGCCAUCAUUGGCGGCGGUGCCACAGGCAGCUAUGCGGCCAUCACGCUUGCAGAUCUCAACUGGCGCGUAGCCGUGGUGGAGGCAACCGGCAUCCUCGGCGGCCAGGCCAACACCUAUAUCGAUCCUGCGACCAACAUCCCUAUUGACUAUGGCGUCCAGCGAUAUGGAAAGACUACCGGCACUCUGGCUUUCUUCAAACGACUGGGUGUCACGUACACCGACCAUGUAUCUAGCGCCGCUAAUACCAUGGUAUAUACCGACUUCACCACCGGGCAGCCCCUGCAGCAGUUCUCUCCCAGCGCGAAUUUCUCUGGCUACCUGCAGCAGCUGCGCAAAUACCCCUACUUGCUAUAUACCACGAACAUUCCGGAUCCCAUUCCGGCCGACUUCGCCCUCGCCUUUGCGGACUUUAUCCGAAAGUACAAUUUGCAAGACGUGGCGUUUGAGAUCGCGGCAGGGUUUGGCCCCUCUCUCCUGAACACCCCCGUGCUGAACGUCAUCACCGAAACCGGGUUGGAGGAGCUUUCCCUGGACGCGACUAACACCGUUGACAUUGAAGGCGGCAACAGCCAAAUAUACAUGAACGCUCUGGCCAAAAUAGGCUCCUCUCACGUCCUAUUCAAUUCCACUAUCAGCGCCGCCCAACGUGAAGGUUCGUCGUCGAUCCGCUUUGUGGUCGACACGCCCACCGGCAACAGGCUUAUCCAGGCCAAGAGAGCAUUGGUCACCGUUCCCACAACACUGACCAACAUGGCCCCGUUUGACCUGGAUGCACGCGAAAGGGAUAUCUUUUCCCGGUUCUGGGGACCGGGUCUCUGGGUCGGCUUGGUGACGGUGAGCGGGUUGCCAGCCGGCACGCGUUACACCAACGUCGGUACCAACACGUCCUAUCACAUUCCCACCCUACCGGCCGUGACAGUCUUGACUCCCACCGCCGUUAGCGGGAUCUACCGGUUCGAAUACUGGGACAACGACCUCUCGUUGUCGAUUGCCGAGGCCAACGCCCGCUCAUUGGCUAUCAUCAGAAGAUUCGCCAAGCAGGUCGCACCGUACGCCCAUGGGCAGCCGGAAAUGGUCGCGUUCAACAGCCACGCCCCGUUCAAAGUCGGUCUCACAGAAGAAGCCAUUGCGCAGAACUACUGGAACAAGAUGUAUGCGCUCCAGGGUCACCGCAACACCUGGUACACCGGGGUGCAGUUCCUGCCGGGCUCAUCGCAGCUGUGGAAUUACACGGCCACAAUGAUUCCGGAUAUCGUGGCCGGGCUGUAG